GAAAUUAGUUCUAGUGAGUCUGUGAAAGUGUGAGCGACUGCGAGGCGCGAUCAAUUGGCAAACAACCGCAAGCGGAUCAACUGCUCCACACGCCACGCCACGCCACUCCGAAUAUAUCGCCGAAUAUAAGAAGCGGACUGCCUACAAGCUUAAAAACAACAGCAACAACCACAUAUCACGUGCAACAUGUCACAUCAGUGCAGCUGCGGUCGCGACCUCAACAAUAACUAUGUCUCGUACACGAACGCCUACGCCAAUGCAAAUGCCUCAUUGGACCGGGAGGCAGCAACCAGCGGCAAGUCCGGCGGUCCACCGCGUGCCCAACUGACGGCCAAGGUGAUGUUCGGUACGGUGGGCGCCAUUAAGGAGCUGCGCGACAAGGAGCAGCAGCAACAGCAGCAGCGGCAAGCGACACGAGCGGGCGAAAGGCGCAACUGAGUGAGGAGCGGGGCGGUCCCAAUGGGGCGGGGCGGGACGAACGGCCGCUGGAGCGGUCGAGUGCUGUGCUGUGGGUUGUCGGCGGGGGAUCUCUGGCUGAUCGGAGGAAGGAUAACACGGAGAUUUGGAUUAAACAUGAAGAAUUCUCGAAGCUCCGAAGAUCAAAGAUGGAUCAUAACGAAUUCGCGCAACUCCAACGAUCCAGGUGAUUUGGUUUAAGCAGUUAGGAAUUCGUGUAGCUCCCGAGUUAUUCUAUGUUGGGUAAUCCAAAUAGUUUCAAAUCGUUUGGGUACUGAUGGAUGAUUGAUGGAUGACUCAAAUGGGUGAUGCCCGGAUCACGUUAGAGGCUUCAAUGUGUUGGCAGGGGACAGGGCAAUCUGUGUAACGACAUUCCUUCUCAACAAAAAACUAUCCAAAAACAAAAAAAAACUAAGUACAUCACAUAUUUAUAUACUUUUUUUGUCAGCCACACUAUCUCUAACUCUGUCUUCUAUCUCUUGUUAGCUUCAGCAGAACUCUAAAUUUCAAUGUAUAUUGUUUAUUACAUAUAUUUAUACAUAUACUACAUAGUGCAAUACUUUAGCUAUACUCAGAAACACACAGACACACACACACACACACAUGUCUAGAUGUAAGUUUGUUUUAUUUUGUAAGUGCACACGCAUACACUCACUCAUUUUACAAAGUUGUUUAAUUUUUGUUUUGUUGUUUACGCGCUCUGCGAUUUUUGGGCUGCGAGUCUGGAAGUCUGGAAAUCUGGAGACUUCCAGGUGGCUGGUGCAGCUCAAAACGCAAGGCACGUAGCCCACCCACACACCCACUCACACACACCAACACCAUAUAAACCAUAUAAAUAUAACUACACAUAUGCGUAAUCUUUAAUACCUAUACUACUGUUAUGACUUUUAAUAAUCAUAUUGUAUGUGCCGCACGAGAAGAAUUCGAAACGGAAAACUUAAAAUUACUCCCCCAAAUGGGUUCGGUGUUUGCUCAAGUGAUUUGUACUAAAAAUGGAAGCGAAUGAAUUUAAUCGACAAACUUAAACUCAAUUGAAGUGUGCUGUAAAUGGCAAAUGUUUCGAGAGAGCGAAAAUUUAGUUUGGAAAGAGGCGGAGAGAGAGAGAGCUCGGAGCAUCUACAAUAUAUUUAUUAUACCUAUAAAAUAAUAUUAAAAUGUAUGUCUACUUGUACAUCUAUUUAUAGAGCUAAUCCCAACAAAGGCGAAUAAAAAUCGAACUUUUAAUAAACUGAAAA